AUGGUGGCAAUUGUGAUCUUGGCCAAAGGCAAGUGUGGUCUUUCCAGCUGCAUCACUUAUUACCUGGUGGCUAUGGCAACAGCGGACCUUUCAGUUGUUAUCACCAGCGUUAUACUAAAUCGGAUCAUUGGCAUGUACUUUCCCACAAAUUAUCUAUUGCUUACUCCACUGUGUCGAAUCAAAAGUGCCCUAGUUUAUAUAACAAGAGACUGUUCUGUAUGGUUUACUGUUAAAUUUACUUUUGAUCGCUUUGUAGCCAUCUGCUGUCAGAAACUAAAAAGCCAAUAUUGCAAGAAGCAAACUGCAGGAUGGAUCCUCGGGAUGGUGCUCUCCCUGAGUUGUUUGAAGAACCUUGCUUGGUACUUUGUAUAUGAGCCUUUGUACAUAAUUAACAAUACGCCUUGGUAUUGUCGGAUAAGGUCAAGCUUUUAUACUUCACCUCUGUGGCUUGCAUUUUCUUAUUUUGGCCGCAUCGCAAAUCCUUUUCUCCCAUUUCUAAUUGUUUUGGCCCUCAAUGCUCUCACCGUGAGACAUAUAAUAAUGGUGAGCAAAGCUCGUAAGGCACUACGUGUCAAUGCCAGGUCUGAAAACAAUCCUGACCCUGAGAUGGAGAACAGGAGAAAGUCUAUAGUUUUACUCUUCAGCAUAUCCGGCAAUUUCCUGCUUUUAUGGUUGACAUUCGCCGUUCAUUAUGUGUAUUAUAGAAUCGUUAAUGCGUAUUCUUACACCGGUUACAAUGACCCUGUUUAUAUCCUGCAAGAAACUGGAUACAUGCUUGUGCUUUUGAGCUGCUGCACAAAUACAUUUAUUUAUGCAGUGACCCAGACUAAAUUCAGACAGGAGCUCAUGAAAAUGGUGAAAUACCCAAUGAGUCAAAUAGUUACAAUUUUCUGCAGAUGA